UAUUCUACUCCAAAUUCUUAUUUCCAAGUUUCUAUUCUAGACUUUUACUCUCCCUCAACAAAACAUUCACAAUCUCUUCCUGCUGUAUAUUUCUACAUUAAAUAAAAAUCAAUCAAUCAAAAAUAUUUAAUAUGAGUGGUAUCAAAGGUGAAGAAGAGAUGAUGAUCAAAGAGGAGGUCCGACGAGGUCCAUGGAGUGUUGAAGAAGAUUUCACCCUAAUGAAUUAUAUCUCGCUUCACGGUGAGGGUCGCUGGAAUUCUCUUGCUCGUUCUGCUGGUCUGAAUAGAACUGGGAAGAGCUGCAGAUUAAGAUGGCUGAAUUAUUUGCGCCCAGAUGUUAGACGUGGAAACAUAACUCUUGAAGAGCAGCUCUUGAUUCUUCAACUUCAUUCUCGUUAUGGCAACCGUUGGUCAAAGAUAGCGCAAUGCUUACCAGGCAGAACUGACAAUGAGAUAAAGAAUUAUUGGAGAACACGGGUCCAGAAGCAUGCGAAACAGCUCAAGUGUGACGUGAACAGCAAGCAAUUCAAGGAUGCUGUGCAUUAUCUUUGGAUGCCAAGGUUAGUUGAAAGAAUUGAGGCUGCCUCGGUCACCUCUGCACGAAGCUCCACCGCCUCGGUCACCUCUGCACGAAGCUCCACCGCCUCUGUCUCCGCCAACACCUACAGCACGAAUAAUAUUGGUUCAAGUACGGAUCAAGUCAAGAUGAUGCCAGGGACAGUUGUACCUAAUAACUCUCUUCAGUUCCUUCAGCCUAAUAAUUCUGGCUUCACACCCGAAAAUUCUUGUACCACAACGACAGCUUCAUCGGAUUCCUUUGGGAUAUCACAAGUAUCUACAGUUUCUGAUCUAACUGAAUAUUCUUGUUACAACAACUAUCCUCCUCCUCCGGCUACUAAUCAACAAGAUUUCACGGAAUCCUUGAUUAGCCCCUCUGGCUACCUCAACAAAGGCCUAUAUGUCGACGCUAUCGAGCAGAACAAUCCGUUGAUGGCCUGUAGUGAAGACCUACUGGACAGCUUUUGGGAUGUUGAGGACAUUUGGGAUGUAUAUAGAAGUAUAUAAAUUGUAUUAAGAUUUAGGUAGUUGCUUGACACACAUGAUGCAAUCUGUAGGCAUUAGGACCUGUGAAUUACUUAUAAUUUGUUGUAUACAACUGAGUUCAUAGAUAAAUUUAUUGUAACAGGAUGUUAUCACUAUAUAUUUGAUUUAUAAAACUAUACAGCCUUGUUGA